UCUCAUAAUAUGAUUCUUUUUGACCGGAUCGAACAACGAAACGACAAAUUUAGUUCCGUUUUCGUACGGAAUCAUGAAAUGUCAAAUUGACAGUUAACGUCAAUAAGUUUAUUGUGAAAAUGGCGACGACCGGAGUUGGUUUUCGGUGGUUAGAUAUAUUAGAAAAAGAAUUUGAUAAAGCAUGUGUGGAAUUGGAUACGUCUUUGUCGGAACUGGAAACGGAGGAGCCCGAGGUGGUGUUUACGGCCCGCCAGAAGAUUUCCACGCUCAGCUCGUGCUUUGCACAGUUGACACAUAAGGCGCUCACCAUCUUCCAAAACAGUGCUAAGCUCGAGGCUGAGCUGGUGGACAUGAGGGCGGAACUGGUGCAAGCGAGGGUCAAUAACGCUGGCGCCUGCGAGGACGGUGAAGACUCAAUAGUUUCCGUGAACGAAGCAGGCCGCGCGCGCGCAGAGGCCGCGCAAUUGGCGAGAGAAAAUGCUGCGCUGAGGGAGACUGUGCUGGCACUGCAUUCUGAACUGUUUGGAGCCAGGUUAGCCACAAAGUACCUGGACAAGGAGUUGGCUGGCAGGAUCCAGCAGUUGCAACUGCUGGGGAGGGAUAUGCGGCCUGAACUCAGGGAUAGCUUGUGGGCGCAGUCUGGUGGCGGGCAGGUGGAGGCGGAGAUCCUGCUGCAGCGCCACAAGACGCUGGUGCGCGUGUGCCGCGGGCCGCGCGCGCGCCCCGCGCCCGCCGCGCGCGCGCGCUCGCGCACCGUGCGCGUGCGCCGCUCGCCGCACCUCGGCCUCGGCAUCUCUGUCACGGGCGGCCGCGAACACGGCGUACCUAUUCUCAUAUCGGAGCUGGAAGCCGGCGGGCCCGCCGCCUUGACCAGGGAGCUGUACGUCGGCGACGCCAUACUGGCCAUCAACGAUGUCGACCUCACACAGGCGUGUCACAAGGAAGCCGUGCAGGCCCUGCAGAGCGUGAAGGGCGACUGCGCUCUGUGCGUGCAGUUCAUAGCCACAGACGAUGAAGAUAGACUGUCGGAAGACAAUUAUAGGUUCCCCCUGUUCCCGGAGGCGGCGCUGCGCGGGGACGCCACGCCCACCGCGCCGCGCACGCCGGACUACACCAGGAACGAAUCUGAAGACGGCUCGGGCAGUGAAUGCGAAUCACCGUACAGGCCGGCGCCUUACCCCGACUACAACUCUAUCAAUAACAAUCUAGCAAUAUUGGACAUGGAUGAUGAUUCCAUCAAAAUUGAGGCGAGACUUGAGAUGGUGGAGAACGUCCCCGGCGCGUGCGGGGCGGACGCGACCCACAGCCCGCGCGCCGCCGCCACGCCCGUGCACGCGCGCGCCCGCCAAGGCAGGCGGAGACAGGACUGGCGCAGUAAAGGUGCGUACCGCCGCGUCGACUGUGACGAGCACACGCUCACCGACACCACACUCUCGGACACACUUCCGGAGUCACCCCUGUCGCCGGACCUCGAGCUGAACCCGGGACCUGCAACACCGCCGGGGGCCACAAUACCUUCGGGACCCAUCAUACCACCGGGUCCCACGAAAUCUUCAGACUUUACAAUACCACAAGGCCCUACAAUACCUUCAGGUCCAACAAUACCAGGCCUUACAAUACAGCAAGGUCACACAAUACCUUCAGGUCCUACAAUACCGAGCGUUACAAUACCUUCAGGUCAAACAAUACCAGGUCUUACAAUUCAACAAGGCCACACAAUACCUUCAGGUCCCACAAAACCGAGCCUUACAAUACCUUCAGGUCCAACAAUACCAGGCCUUACAAUACAGCAAGGCCACGCAAUACCUUCAGGUCCAACAAUACCUGCAGGUCCUACUAUACCUUUAGACCCUACGGUACCCACGGCCCGAUCGGCCCCAGGGCCCUUUUUGCCCGCAACCCCACUAGUGGAGGUGCCCACUGCCCCACUACUGCCAGACUUGCCCACUCCCACUUUUCCCACGCGAGAUAGAAAUGAGAAGCCCAAGACCAAUGGAGAAGUCAAAGCGGUGAGAAGAGAAAGUAAAGGGUUCAGGAUAGGGUCCGCCCGCCGCGUGGUCGGCAGCGCCGCGACGCUCAGCAACGGGCAGCACUCGCUGCUCGCCGGCGACGGGGACCCGGACUUCGGCACGCCGGUGUGAACGCGCGCCUAACAUUCCAUACAUCACAAACAACUAGCAGUCCGUUCAUCACAAUACUUGGUGUGAACGAGUGUUUAUCACCUCAUACGUUACAAACGCUUGUGUUGACACUACGCGCCUUUUUCUGCACCGGUGUGAAAAUGAAAAACGAUGGCCAAUGUGAAUAUACGCUUAUCACACUAUACAUUACGAUUAGCAGUAUGAACACGCGCCUACAAUUCCAUACGUUACGACCGCCAGUGUGAACGCGGGUUCCUGACUCCAUACAUUAUAACUGCCAAUGUGAAGUCUAUCUCACACACGUUCAAUUUGAAUGACAGGUGCUACGCUGUUUGAAGAUCUGGCUGAUAUUUAGAUAAAUAAUAGAAAUAAAAAUAAGUAGUUUUAACCUUUUUUUUUCAAGGAUCUGAGCGUGUUAAAACCAAAGCAAAGGGCGUAUAAAUAUACAUUUAUAGAUAGGUACUGACCGGAAGAGGUGGAUAGAGAAUAAAAUAUUAGAAUAAAUGGAUAUCCCUUGCAUAGGCAUGUAACAUAUGCGUCUUCAUUGUCAUUUAGAAUCAGGUGAGAUGGAAGUCAAAUGCGUAAUCCAAUCUAUACUAAUAUUAUAAAGCUGAAGAGUUUGUUUGUUUGAACGCGCUUAUGCGCUUACGCUUACGCGGAACUACUUGUUCGAAUUGAAAAAUUCUUUUUGUGUUGAAUAGACCAUUUAUUGAGGAAGGCUUUAGGCUAUAUAACAUCACGAUGUAACUAUAAGAAGCGAAGAAAUAAUGGAAAAUGUGAAUAAAAACGGGGAAAAUUAUUUAUCCAUGAGGGCUUCAAUGAUGCCCAAAAUAACUAUUCCACGCGGACGGAGUCGCGGGCACUGCUAGUAUUGAAUAAGAAAGAGAGAAGUAAGACCACAGUCACCCGGCCCAGAGGCUUUAUUGCGGAGGGUCCAACUGGAAGGAACACGCCAGGAUGAGAGAGAGAGAGAUAUGUACUGUUAAAAAAGAAAGCCUGAGAUCUAUUUAAGUGGAAUUGUUGACAAAAAAAGUAUUUACACAUUAAAACCUGUGUUAAUUACAAUGUGUUAGUAAUUUAAAGCGAAGUUUAAACGUAUCAAAAAAAAAGACUUAUCCAUGCCGUACCUACGGUAUAUGGAUCAUUUUCUUGAUAACUUUUUUUCUUACUUGACUAUGGAUUUCCAUUACUGUAUGCAAAAUACAUACUGUGGUAAGAGUAUGUACGUCUUUGCUGUGUCCCAUCAAUAUUUUACUUGCAAUUGAUAAAUAUUUCAAUAUUUUGUUUAAGUCAGUAAAAUUGUCGCCUUUCAAUUUACAGUUUAAUUGUACAGAUGCGGUUACUGUUUUUGACUGACUUGAAAAAAGAAAGCAGAUGCAUAAUGCUAGAUUAUUAGACUAAGAAAAACAUCUUAAAAUUUUCCAGUACUUGAGUACCGAAACUGCAACCUAAAAAAAAGUACAGGUAUUAAGCCAUGUAUAAAAAGCAUAAUAAGUUCUCAUUGACUUGACAAAUUCAAACGCUCAAUGCGCAAUAAUAGAAUAGCCCCUUUCUCUUAUUGAAGUGUUUUAAAGUUGUAAAUUAAUUUUAUAUAUUGUAAUAGGUACAUUAAGUCUAUAAGGAAAUUUAGAAGGAUCUAGUUAGUGUAGUGAUUUUAAUUGUAUCGAAGUACUGUACCGGGUGCAAAGCAAAAGCAAAAAAUAAGCUUAACACCGGCUGACGUUAGAAUUUAGUAUUUAUUUCGGCUCGUAGAAGGAGGAUUAAAUUAUGUUGAUGUAAAAAAGUUAACAUUAUAACGCUGUACACAUUUAACUUUUUGUCGUCGUAAAUAUAUUUUUAUUAAUUUUAAAUUUAAGAUGUAAUUAAUGCUGUAUGUAUCGUAAAGGUAGAUAAUAUAUUUUAUUAGAAUAGCCAUGUAUGUAAAUCGAGUCAUAUUUUUCAUAUGUAAUGAAUUUUUGUUUAUUUCAAACAUUCCUUGCUCACAUUUACAUUUAGAUUAAAAGUAGUUUUAAAAAUAGAAUCAUUGAACUCCUAACUUAAAAUAAAAUGGAUAAUUUUCUUGUAAUGGAACGUACAUAACCUACUUUAAAAAUAAUCGCGCAUCGAAAUCAGCUGUUUGUUUUUGGCGCGCAACGCACGUGUUUAUAGCUUUUGAAACCGUCAGCGUAGUAACUAGACGGUUUUAAUUGAAAUCACGAUAUUAAUCUGAAACAUAUCACACGUUUACAGGCGAGAACGUAACAAACACCUGCGGCUGUCUGGACAUCAGCCAAAAAUAUCUCCGCUCGUCAUCUCUUGUGUAGUAGCUCGUCACGUCUAGAAUCAGACAAAUAGAUGCAAUCAGAAAAGGAUGGUACGACCGUGCCUUGUUUUAAGACUUAUUGCUCCUGAUUUCUCAAAGUUAUUAAAUUAAAUACUCAUCCGCUGGUCAGUUAAUAUUGGAGAGUAAUCUCGUUAGUUUAUAAAUGAGACUGCAGCGCGACAACAGAAAUAUAAAAUCCAUGAACUUCAAUCUAUUUGCGAUCUCUUUUGUUUACCUAUAAGAUUUCGGGAGGAGUUACGGCUAACUAAAUGAAUUAGGUUUUAUGUGUUUUGACUAGUGAAGCUUUAUUUUGGUGAGAUUAUUUAUUAGGUAUGAAAUCUUUCAUUUCAUUAUUUUGCGUUGGUUCCCAAGUAUUCAGCGUUCGUUGUCAUUUUUGGCUUAGAUAUCCAAUAAAUAUUUUAAUUAUGGCACUGGAUUAUUUACCGUAUACCAACUUCCUUAUGAACGUGCCAGCAAAUGCGAGAACUGAUAGAAAAUUGGGUUUUGUAUCAAUACUCAACAAUCUUUUUGAUAAUUUUUUUUUCUUAUUCAGACCAUCCCUCCCUCGAUAUGAGUAUUGUAAGAUUUGACAAUGGACUAAAUCAAAACCCCAUAAGGGGUUGGAACAUAAAAUUCGAAAUAAUAUAAUAAUAAUUAUAGAAGUGUCUAUUGUCUUCAUUAUUCCUAUUGCUAUGGGUACGGCAAAGAAUGCACGAUACCAUGAAAAAAAAAUUUCAAACUGUUUUUUAUGAUUUGGAACUUGAUUGUUAUAUUGCAAAAUGAACUGUGUCAAAUCAAAAUGUAAUCUUCAAGUCUUUAUUUGUUAAUCCGGGCCAUCUCAUCUCCAACACUGUUCCACUUUCUCUACAUUCCGCAGUGGGUUCACUGAUCAUAUUUACAGGACAAUAUGCCUAUG